AUGGCUACCCACUCACUCUCCCCGACUUACGAGUCACAUGCGUCGAUGAUACUAAAGGAAUCAGUUCAACGGCCCUUCGAUCUGAUCGCAGAUGUUCUCAAGCCUGUCUGGUUUCGGGCGAUCAAGGACGAACGCUAUAACAUUAGGCGUCGUCUCAAUGACCGGGCAAAGCUUCAUGAGAAGCAUAAGCCAGACAGGUGCCGCAUCCAAAGAGAAUGGAUCAAACGUUACAAGGAAAACGAAGACUUGCAGUUCGCGAUCUUACAGCGAAUCAACUGUCUGGCAAGGAUCAGAAAUCGGGAUAGUCGGCAGCCAGAGAAUCCGUUCCAACAUACCCCGGGGCCUUCCAAUCCGAAACGACAAGUCUCUCUUCUAGAAGAGCAUUUCUACCGAUGCCAGAAGGCAUGGAAGGCGCUGACUUGCGAUAAACCAUCGGGCCCUAUCACCGAUGAGUUUGAGUUUCUUCAGCAUCACAGAAACGAUGACGGGCAAACCUUGGCGUGGGAGGAGGACAAGAUCAUGUGUGCCUCCCUUGGUGGCUGUUGCGGUCGCAGUUGUAGAUGCUGUGAAAGACCUUUGCGGCUGUACCUCAUGCCUGACGGAGGAGAGAAGGCGAUGGUCGGGUUUUAUGGCCACUGUACCGCUGAAUGUGGCUGUUGCAUGCGUCAUCGAGGAUUCUAUCGACCAGACUCACGCAUCAAGGCUCUUGAUCCAGAACUGGCCUCUAAAAUUGCGGACUAUUACAACAGCUCAUUAGUUGAAGGAGAUGGUGAUGAGCCAGACACUGUUCUUGAGUGA